GGUUUCUAUUCUGAUUUAUAAAUAAACGUAUUAGACGUUAUACAACUAGAAUAACUGAAUGAAAUAUUUUGUUAAAAAUAAAUUUACUAACAAAUUUAUAGUGCCACUGUGGUUUCGCUAAAACUGACAUGCUGUUCCACUCAUCUGAAAACCAUGUACUUUAUACACCGGCUUCAACUUUGGCUAUGAAUUUGCACUUUGGAUUCGAGGUUUUGAUUGUUGAUGUGUGCGUGCCGCGGGUUGGCUCUUGAUCCGCUGUACAUGAACGAAAAGUUUUGUUUGGGACUUCUGCGCUCCUCGUGUGUCCUCUCUGACCUGUACAGCGGCUUAUUCGAUCGCACCAGUGCAAGCAGGCUGUAGCCGGACAUGUCGGACGACGAGGACAUCGCCUACGUGAAGAGGCAGAGGGUCCUUCACUAUGGCAGCCUCGAGGAGAAGGAACGACAGCGGUUGGCCGAUAGAGAUGCGGCCGAGGACGAAGGGAGCGACGAGGACUCCCAGAACAUGGAUCUCAAGGCCGCCAUCGCCUCCGGGAACAUCCACAUCUCGGACGAGUACAUGGAAAUCGAAGAUGAAGGAGGGAGAGACAGGCAGCAGCUUCUUGAAGAAUUCGAAAGACGAAAGAAGGCUCGACAGAUCAAUGUCUCCACCGAUGAUACUGAGGUCCGGUCCACCCUGAGAGAGAUGGGAGAGCCCAUCUGCCUGUUUGGGGAGGGCCCUGCGGACCGGCGGGAGCGCCUGCGGCAGCUGCUGGCGCAGGUCGGGCAGGACGCCCUGCGGCGGCGCCAGGAGGAGGAGCAGCAGAAGGAGCGGGAGCUGCGUAGGGACACCUCGGAGACCACCUGGUAUCACGAGAGCAGCGAGGCCCUGAAGAGCUGCCGCCUCUGGAUCGCGCGCUUCUCCCUGCCCCGCGCGCGGCACCGCAUCGCUACGGCCAAGGAGAAACUCAAGGCCCUGGGGCCCGCCAACACCGACUCCCAGGUGCACGCCAAACGCCAGGAGCUUUACAAGACGCUCAGGUCCCUGAACAUCAACUGCAGCCAGAUCGGGGACACACGGCCGAUCUCCUUCUGCGAGUUCAGCCCAAACUCCCAGAUGUUGGCCACUGCCUCCUGGAGCGGGCUGUGCAAGCUGUGGUCUGUUCCUGACUGCCAGCCUAUCAGGACAUUGAGAGGCCACAACUGCAACGUGGGAGCCAUCACAUUCCAUCCACGCUCUACCUUCAUCCAGUCCGAGAACUCGCUGAACCUGGCUUCCUGCUCCACUGACGGACUUGUCAACCUGUGGAACCUGAAAAGCGAGGAACCCAUCAGCUCCCUGAAAGGGAUGUGCCCUCACAGGGUGUCCAGAGUUGCAUUCCACCCAUCAGGAAGGUUUCUUGCCUGCUGUGUGUUUGACAACUCCUGGCGACUCGUGGACCUCGAGAGGGAGAUGGAGGUCCUGCAUCAGGAGGGCCACAGCAAGGCCGUCUACGACAUCAGCUUCCAGUGCGACGGAUCGCUAGCAGCCACGGGUGGUAUGGACGCCUUUGGCCGCAUUUGGGACCUCCGCACGGGGCGCUGCAUCAUGUUCCUCGAGGGACACCUCAAGUCUGUGCUCAGCUUGUCCUUCUCACCCAACGGGUAUGUUUUAGCAACUGGCAGCGAAGACAACACCAUCAAGGUAUGGGACCUGAGGCAGCGCAAGUGUGAAUACACCAUACCAGCACACACUAACUUGGUGUCUCGAGUCAUCUUUGAGAAAAUAUCGGGGGAAUACCUCGUCACAACAUCCUAUGACAACUCCGUCAAGAUUUGGUCAAAUCCCGAAUGGACACCAGUCCACAGUCUGAGUGGCCAUGAUGGCAAAAUCAUGGGCGCAGAUAUUUCACCUAGUGGAAAGUACCUGGCAACAUCUUCAUUUGACCGAACUUUCAAGCUUUGGACCCCUGAAUAAAGAAAGGCAGCACUGCAAACUGUGCAAUUUGUUUAAAAAUAUUGUA